GUUCAACCAAGUGGAUCUUUCUGUUGCUGUUCAGACUGACAAUGGACUAAUUACACCAAUUAUCUUCAACGCCAAUUCAAAGGGUUUAUCAAGUAUUAGCAAUGAUGUCAAAAGUUUGGCAGAAAAAGCUAGAGAAGGAAAACUUCGUCCUCAAGAAUUCCAGGGUGGUACAUUUACUGUGUCCAACCUUGGUAUGUUUGGAGUGAAGAGUUUCUCAGCUAUUAUUAACCCACCGCAAGCUUGUAUUUUAGCUGUAGGGGCAGCUCAGAAAAUGAUGGUCCCGGAUGACAGUAGUGAAGAAGGCUUCCGAACUGCCACUGUUUUAAGUGUAACCCUAAGUUGUGACCAUCGUGUGGUUGAUGGAGCUGUCGGUGCCCAGUGGAUGCAACAUUUCAAGAGAUUCCUGGAGAAACCCGAAACUAUGCUGUUAUAAAUAAUAAGCGAUCUAAAUACAGAAGCACUUGACGUUGUUAGUCAAGUACGUGUGAGAUAUUAUUAGUGUAUGUCAUCUAAUUACAGAUACUUUAUUUAUCCAAAUAUGGCAAGGUGUUCUUUCUAGAGGAUUGUUGACACAUUAGUUUGCAUUAAAGAUACAGUAAUUCUCAAAUGAAAUUAAACAAUUUGCCAGAUUUACAUUUGCGAGAUUUUCUUGGUUGAACAUACAGUUUAUAUAUACAAUUCAUUCUGUAUUAUGUCUGUAUAUUGCACUGUAUUGUUUACAGUAUAUCCAUAUAUAUUGUAUUUCACAAAUAUAAUUUUCAGUUGUCCUGUGUGUUUAUGUAUAUAAUGUUGUAGCUGAGACUAUAAACAAAUACAAUUAAAAAAGGGUGCCCUCUAUUGGCACUGCCAUUGCUGGGGACCUCCUUUGGUUCAACGGCAAGUAUGUAAGUAGAUUAAGAUACAUACUAUAAUUUCCGAUAUUUACAUUUCGUAGCAGAUGAUGCGUAAAAUCCGCUACCAAGUCUCUAGCUAUGACAUUUGCAGAUGGACAUUGAUAACUAUGUUCGUGACCAGAAGCCAGUUGAGACCAUGAUUGGAUGCAGGGUUAGUGCACUCUGCUCAGUGGUGUAAAAGGUUUCAACCGUUUUACAUUGAUUUAAAUGUCUCUCCUGGCUCCCUCCUAUUCAACUUUUUCUUUUGAUAAAAGUUUUUACGAAAGGCAAAAACAUAUACAAUGCCAUAUAUGGCAUUAGCUAGACCGGCAAUGCUACAACAUCAUAUAUAGUUAUAUAUAUACCGUAGUUACUUGGAUAUCAGCCCACUAAAUGGUUUGUAUUAUUCAGAUUUCAAGGUUAUUGUUCGUCUCUCUUGCUCAUUUCCUCUACACAUCUCGUCAUUUAAGAAUUUUUAUUUAUUUUUUGUUUAACCAGACAGUAUUUUUAUUUGCAAAUCUUACGUUUUUGAUUUAUACAAUAGAUAAUAUUUAUUAUAUGAUUUUUGUAUACAAUGUAUUGGAGAUCUGCUAUUGUAUUGCGUAAAAGUGGCACAGCGAAGUGGCUCAGGUUUCCAAUCUUGAGGUCAGUGGUCCAAAUCCUAUUUUUUUUUAUAGUUUGUGUACUUCGGUUUGUUGUAACAUAGAAUGAGAUUUGGCAAUAUGUUCACGGGUAAUAAUACUGUAAAGACUAGUUUCCAUACAAUCGCUACACUGUCGCUACAGUGUUUUCACUGCAAUCGUUGUGCUGCGUAGCAGUCCCCGACACGAUCAGGAAGGCUCCCUGAUUCAACCGACCAAUCAAAAUAUCCAAAAGAUGUCAACGAUAGCGUGUAGCGAUUAUAUGGAAACCAAGCUUUAGCGCCCUGAUACUUUGGCAGUGGAACAGAAUGCCCACAAAUGAUCCAAUAAGCACCUCUACUAAAUACAGUAGACUUCGCUCUAGGAUUAACGUUGCGGCUUAAUUUUAAAUUAAAGUCACUGUGCUUAAUCAAGAGAUACCAAUGCGCUUUUAUGUUUCAUAUUAUCAGGACAGUGUUAAGUAACAUAUUUAUCACAGGUCAAAUAAUAUAGUUGCAACGAGUAACAUAUUCCUUAUAUUGUAAUAAAGCACCAAUCUUGAAUAAACGCCGCUCUCAAAUAAGACCUGCGCAAAGGCCUCCAGAAGUGUUAUAAACACCACGGUACAUUUGCAGUAUAUAAAAACUUACCAUGUAGUACUGCAUUACUACUUCUACUAUUAUUAUUAUUAUUAUUAUUGUUGUUGUUGUUGUUGUUGUUGUUGUUGUUGUUGUUGUUGUUAUUAGAGCGGUUUGGCGCAGCGUUUGCUGUUCUGAUUCUCAGCCUUCAGGUCGGAAGUUCAAUCCCUCGCUGCUCGCUGUGUAUUUCAUUUCUUUCCUUAGGCAAGGCACUUCACACCUACAGUUGUCUCUGAACAACCAGGAGUACAAGUGGGUUCCUUUAAGUUCAAACACAAAAUGUGCUGAUACAACUGCAAAAUUAUGGAAUUCACCCCCAGGGACCCGAGUAUGUGUUCAAUAUGUGCUUGAUCCGAUGACGGGGGUAAUAAUGCUAAGCGCAUAGAGGUCUCUAUGCGCUAUACAAGUCGACCAUUAUUAUAUUAUUAUUAUUGUUGUUAUUAUAUAGACAGCACAUAAUUUUAUUUAUAUACAUAGCCUACUAGUUUGUUUAUUGAUUGUAUAACUAUGAAUUCUCAAGCGAUUAUUUACCAAAGGCAUGGCAUUGAAAAAGGCAAUUUUUUUAAUUGCCAUGGUGAUUAAUGGAUGUAACGAAAGGUGUCCUUUGUACAUAGCUCUGCUGAAAUUUAUAAACAUGCAACUGAAAACGUAUUAAACAGGGAAAACAUUCACGUUUGGGGCACAUUUUGUGGUUCCCCUAUGACUGUGUAAUGCUAUAUAUAUUAUAAAAAUAUAACAUGGUUUGAUAAGUAGUGAAUUUAAAUUUCAAUACGUAUGGAUAAUUGACCAACUGCAGACGCCAAUGGAGGUAGUCCAAAUCAUCAACACCGAAAGAAGUAGAAGUCACCAGGGCCUACUUCGCGGAAAUCGGUAUAGCAAAACCAAAAUCACAGUAUGAUGCUAAGAAAGUGCCAAAUUUAGUCGUAAAAUAACCUUCUUGCACGUGUAGGAUUGGAACCCAGAACCCUAUGAUUGGAAGGAAAACAUCUGAAUGAUGUAGCCAUAUUGGGCAGUGCAUGCCAUUCUAUUUUCAGUUUUACUACCCUACGUGUUGAGCAUUAAUUUGGAAAAUGAGGAUUACGUUUCUCAAAAUUGUAUGGUGUGUCAAAUUUUAUGAUUGGUUUCAAACCUCGUUGAUCUUUGAUUUCAAAAAUAAAUUUACAAAUUAUAAUUUA